AUGAAGAGCUACGUGACUUGCAAAGAGAUAUGUAAUCUCAAUCGUCUUCUUACAACAGUUGAGAAUCUCCGUGACCAAGAGGCCAAGUUUUCAACAGAUAAUAGCGGAUUUGCUGUCUAUCAAAGUCCUGCGAAGGAGAAACAAUUCACCGAUUUUAUCAUAUUCGAUUACACGAUUAGGUGGAGGGAGAAAACGUCUCCACACGCUCCUGUCCAACAGGUUCAUGCUGACCAAACGCCCUAUGCUGCUGAACUCCGAGUGUGUCGCCGUCUCCCACUGAACAAGGCAGAUGACUUGUCAAAGGGACGCGCCCUAUUCAAGAUCUCGCGUCUGACUUUGGCUAUUAUUGAUUGGCGAACCACCGCCCCUUCUGAUCUUGUCAAGAUCGAUCUUCUCUAUCCAAAGGGCGCCAAAGCAGGAGAAGAGAGGGCCCAAGCGCCCGACUCUGAACACUUGACUGACGGUUACGAGGUUAGAGGGGAAACGUAUCCUAUUGCUCCAAAUGAAAAACACCGCCUCUACUACCAAACGGAUACGACACCAGAGGAGGCCAUGUUCAUCAAAUGUUUUGACUCACGAAUCGAAUCCAUGACCGGGACAAUGGGAAUCGCCCAUGGGGCAGGUCAUACAGCCUUUUGCGAUCCCCAGACAUCAAAAGAUGCGCCAGCAAGGCAAAACAUCGAGGUUAGAUGUCUGGUUUUUUAUGAGUCAUAA